GAUGAUCACCAUCAUCAACUUCUAGUGGGAGCAUCCACUGAAACCUUGACAAUUCGUCAUUAGUCAUUUUUUUUUAUGUAGAGCCUAACUUACAUUUAUUUGCUGAAGAAGAAAAUACCCUAUCUUGGUAUUUCUGUGCUCUUCCUGUAACGCUCUUAAGCGGAGGUGUUGUCUUAGGUGGUUUGGCCACCAGAUGAUAGUCGGCCGUCUGGACAGCAAAAAGUAGCGUGAUGGAAGAUUUCAGUAGCGGUCCGACAGGCAGACUCCAAACAUGGACUCCGAGUACGUCAAAACGCAUCUGGGUUCAUGCCUGGCAGAGGGCUUAGCUGAAGUGGUCGAGCAGCGUCCAAUGGACCCCAUCCAGUUUCUAGCCCAUUGGCUGUACAAAUACAACGCCAACGUCGAAUAUGAGGCAAAGAAACAGGCCCGGUUGGCACUUGUGGAGAAGGAACGGGCCAAAGCCAGAGAGAAAGAUGCUGGGAAGGAGCCCGCAGGAAAACUCUCUGAAAUGGAGUCUGCAGGAACAGACGAUCGUGUGGGAGCCACGCCCGAACCUACUGAGCAACCUGAGAGGGACCCUCCUCGGCCGGAAACCCAACAUGCUAACAAACAGCACCAAAGUGGACCUCUGGAGAAUGAGCAGGAGGUGAAAAAAACAAUAACAAAAUAUGUCUGGUGGUGGUGUCUCCAUGAUGGGUUGCUUUGUGUGGUGGUGGUGCUGCUGCAUGUGCAUGCAAUGUGUGCAGUCUGCUGGCCUAGGAUCACAGGGCAAGCUUGGGUUAGCUACAUGCAUGGGGUAAGAAAGCUAGCGCUUUAUAGCUGGUGGUUGUUUGGGGGAACCAGCUUAGACAUGCAUUCAUAUGUCUACCAGGUUGAGACGAUCGAUAAUGUAACCGCUCCAGAGUCCUCAGUUGUCUCUCCGCGGUCUGACACUAUCCAGCAGGACCAGCCCCAAGUGAAGAAACCAAGGGAGGAAAAGGCGGAUCUUGGCCUGGCUGAAACCGGUGAGCUGUCCCAGGCUGAAGGCCUCGCUUCUAGCCAGGUGGACAGACACCAGGAGCUACUGAGCCCACUUCUCCCCGAAAGCCAACACACAGAGAAGAAGGAUGAGCACGCCCAGUCUUCUCAGGCUGAGUCUGCAAAUGUUGAGUCCUCUCAAGCUGAGGCCUCCCAGAUUGAAACCACACUGUCUGGGACCUCCCAUGCAGAGUCUUCACAGAUGGAGUCCAAGGAAGAGGAGUCUGCACAGGUGAAGUCCUCGCAAGUAGAAGCUGAGCAGGUGGGGACCUCGCCGGUCAAUACCUCCCAGGCUGAGUCUGUGCUGGUAGAGUCCAUGCAGACUGAGACCUACCAGGCUGAGUCCUCUCAAGCUGAGGGCUACCAUGUCCCAGCCACGCCAGCUGAGUUCUCUAAGGCUGAGGCCUCCCAUGUGGAAUCUACACAAGUUGAGCGCUCCCAGUCAGAGUAUGCGCAGUUGGGGUCUACGCCGGAGGAGUCUGCGCAGGCCGAAUCCUCUCAAGCUGAGGCUUCCCACGUCAAAGCCGCACAGGUUGAGACCUCCCAGGCUGAGUCUGCGCAGGUGGAGUCCAUGCUAGAGGAGUCUGGACAGGCCGAGUCCAUGCAGGCUGAGAAAGCCCAGGCUGAGGCCUCUGACGAUGAAUCUCCACAAGUUGAGACCUCUCAUCCCGCAUCUGCACAGGUGGAGUCCACACCAGCGGACUCUGCUCAGCCCAAGAACUCCCUGUCCGAGUCUGCCCAGGAGGAGUCCCAGGCUGAGUCUUUGGAGGUGGAGACCUCCCAGGCUGAGGUCGCACAGGUUGAAUCCACAAAAGUUGAGACCUCUCAGCCCGAGUCUUCACAUGUGGAAUCUACACCAGCAGAUUUAGUUCAGUCCGAGACCCUCAUGUCCAAGUCUGCACAAGAAUCUUUCCAGGCUGAGUCCUCUCAUGCUGAGGUUUCUCACGUCGAAACCAAAAAUAGUGAGACCUCCCCGGCCAAGUUGACGCUGGUGGAAUCCUCUUUGAUGGAGUCUGCGCAGAUCAAGACUGCGCUUGUGGAGUCCACGCAGGCCGAGUCCUCUCAAGCUGAGGCCUCUCAGGUCCAACCCAUACAAGAUGAGACUCCCCAAGCCCAGUUUGCACAGGUGGAGUCAAUGCCGGAGGAGUCUACCCAGGCAAAGGCCUCCCUGGUUGAACCUGCACAAGUUGAGAACUCCUCAGACGGGUCUGAGCAGGUGGAGUCCACGCAGGCGAACUCCGCUCACUCCAAGACCUCCCAGGCUGAGUCCUCCCACGCUGAGUCAUCGCAGGCCAACUCCGAAGAAGUCCUACCGAGUGACAACCUGUCGACAAAAACUGAAAAGGAGAGGCACGAUCCAAGUUCACCUCCUGUUCUUCAAGACCAAGAAGAGGUUUGUGAGCUAGCCCGGACACCCAUCUCUGUUGCUAACACUAUGUGGUGACGCCACAGGUCAGUUCGGCACCUGUAGAGCUAACAGGUCAAGUGAUUAUUUUCAAGUCUAAUAAAAAAAAUAAAAAUAAAAAAAAAGAGGUCAUAAAAACUACGUCUUUUCCUUGUGCAUGUCAUUUAAGUGUUAAUCCAAAUGUUAUUGCUCAUUUUUUUGCCACUUUAACGGUGACUAACAUUUGUGUGGCUUUGCAGGGAACAGAACAAGCUGGAAAAUGACCACAUCGCUGCUUGCCGGUCCACCGAUGAGCCUUUAUCUUUGAUUAGACUUCAUUUAUCAUUGCAUUGUGUGCCUAAAUCAAAGAUGUCCUCAGUAGAGUCAAAUAAACGUGCUUGGAAAACACA